AUGGCAUUCAAUCAGGAUCGCGACGACUCGGACGAACUCUUCGACAGCGUCAUGACCGGCUACCGAGAAGCAUUUUUGGUUCGAUACUCCCACCUCCCGGAAUCCGAGCUCAGCCAACUUUGGAGUAAUCGCAUCAGCCCUUUCAUCCCGGCCAUCGAUCGGAAACCGGGCAAACGGACUCGACAGGAUGCCAGUACCCCGCGGACGCUUCCUUCUUCUGGUUCUGGUCUUCCGCAAGCGAAACGACGAGCCACCACCCCGGACAUUCCGGUCAUCGAGAUGAGGCGCACCAUCUCCCAAGCUCCCGCAGCUGCUUCACCUACAAAUGGUGCCGAGUUUUCAACAUAUCGCCAUACGGCUCCCAUGGCUCGCUCUCAAAGUCAUCAAGUCCUCCCGGCCUCCCACUGGUACCAACCCACCGGAACCGUCGUGGGAAAGCGACUAUCCUCCGGGCCUUUGAGGAUGCAACAAGCAACACAACAACUUGAUCAUGUCAUCGACGAGUACUCGCCUUCAGAAUACACGAAGCACCUCCAAUUGGACGAUAGUGACAACCAGGCAUAUCCUACGAAUUCUGGUCCUGGUUCGGCUUUGUCGCUUGGCCUCGCAGCUUAUGGAUUAAAUGGACCACCUCCGCCACUCCCACAAUACGACGGACAGAUCUCUCCUUUGGCCGAUGAUUCUCCCGCUGCAGCAGUUCAGAUGACUCGGAGUACAACAACCGAUUCAAUCAUCAAUACUUUCGACAACUUCCGCUUCGACGGCACUGCUGCUCCAACCGCGGAUCUGGAUCUGGUUUCUUACUCCAUCCCCCCAGAAUGGGUUCCAACAUCCACAUCUGGUCUCCCCUUUCAAGAUACCUUCCAUCCUCCAACUUUAUAUCAUGAACUAGAUCCCUCGUCUUUCCCAAUCAUCUACCCUGCUUCCGUUUCCACCUCCGCCCCUUGUAAAUCCUCCUUCCUACCUCCACCAAUCCUCCCAUCCCAUCUCCAAACACAACUCCCAACACCAACCCCAGAUCCAAAGUCCGAACCAGACUCCCCCUCCGCAUUGGAAAUGAAACACUCCCUCUCAACCGACUCCAAUCCUUAUAACCCCCUAGCUCUAUCAUCCCGCGCCGCCCGCCGCACCCAAGAACAGAUCGCUCAUGCCUCACGACCCAUCGCUCCGAAACGCGAAUCAUCCGACAGCCUCAGUCUCAGCCAUAGUCUCAGUCUCAAAACCCCAGUCCAACACCAAACUAACAACUCAACCACUAUCCUCCUCCAACCAGACACAAAAGAUCCAACACAAAUGGUCCGCAUCUCGCCAACAGACGGCACCGCAAAACCAGUCCAAGCCAUUCCCAAAGCCUCAGUACAGCGCCCUCCGCGCCUAAAGCAGUACUGCAAGCUAUGCAAUGAUCAACCCGAGGGAUUCCACGGUGAACACGAACUACGUCGACAUAUUGAUCGGGUUCAUGCUUCUGUACGUAAAGUCUGGGUUUGUGUCGAUAUCUCACCUGAUAAGACUUUUUUGGCAAAUUGUAAAGCUUGUCGGAAUGGGAAGAAGUACGGGGCGAAUUAUAAUGCUGCGGCGCAUUUGAGACGCACGCAUUUCAAUCCUUGUCAAAGAGGGAGAGGGGGACGGGGGAAAGAUAGUGAAAAGCGUGGUGGGAAGGGUGGUGGGAAUAAUCCGCCUAUGGAAGUUUUGAAGCAUUGGAUGAGGCAGACUGUUGAGAUUUCCGAUGAAAAUGAGAAUGAGAAUGAAAUUGGUGAUGAGGUUGAGUUUGAGGGUGAGGACCUUGGGACGAGCUUUCCAUCUGAUCAUGAUCUUGAUGUUCAGGUUGGCCGUCGUAAAGGAGGUGAGGCUGGGAAUCAGUUCGGAAUGGAGUCUGCGCUUAUGCAUGGAUUUGAUCCGUAUCCUGUGCAGAGCUUUGAGUUGGAUAGUUCGUUGGAUGCGCCUUUUUACAUGGAUUCUCAGCCUCCUUUUCCUCCUGAGCUAGAGUCUUAUGUUAUGUGA